AGACCUCAUUACUUUCCCCAUUUUUACUUUCUCCUUCACAAGGUGCACAGGUCAAACUAAAAUCACCUUUGUCUGAAGUAUUCAGUGUUUCUUACUCAAAAUAUUUAAUCAGUUUCACUCCACCUAUAGCUCAACAUCAUGAAGAUAAAAUUGAUUAUCUGCCUAAACAUAUUACUCUUAACCAGUUUGGUGCUCAGUUUUAUUCAAUGUCAUGUCACUAGGAGAAGAUAUAUCAAAGCAUUUGGAAUCUAUAACCAUAAUGGUAAAGAAUUACAUCGCGAAUUCAAGACUUUUCUUCCACAGAUGAAACUUCUAGUUGCAGAUACAAUGAAUCCACCAGCCAUUCACAGGAUGAAGCCCUCCCGGUCAAAUGAAUUUCUGAUCAAGAAAACUUUAUCAAAGUUUCACAAUAACCAUUUUUAUCCGAUUCCUGCGCACCAAGGGAAGAUCUCGUCAAAUGUGACCCCAAUAUCAAUUUCCUGCAGCAAUGACUGUGUCAACGACUUCCUGUAUGACAAGCACAAGUCAUACGAGGAAACCGAUUCUGCUGUAACAAUCAGUAUGGAACAACCAGCAAGAGCUGUAAGCAACUUGACCCAUUUUUUGGGUUCCUUCUUGACAUUCAUUGGUCAAAAAAAGAAGAGAUUAGACAAUUCCAGAUAUUUGGGAAUAUCUGGCACGAUCAUUUAACAAUGACUACAAUGAGGUAAUCACAAAUCACUUGGGGGGGGAUAACCAGGUUGGUUAACCAGAUGGACAGAUAUUGGCAAACAUGUUUCUACGUCUUUCACCCAAUUGAAAGUGGACAGAAAGUCAGGAUGGAACUUUCCCACUUUCUCAAAAUCCACUAUCGAUGCUACAAUGGCUUAAGCCACAUUAUAGUUGUAGAUCAUUCAUUAUUGCAGAAAUGUAUUAAAGCUUUCUGUGUAAUAAAAAUAACUGCUAGUGUUUUUCGUAA